AUGCUGUUCGCACGUUCCCGCUUACAAUACCUUACCAAGGCGUCGGACAAGCGGGUUUGCUUGUCCGACAGUCCGGCAGUAGUAGGGAUUACAUUGGCGAGUUUUCGCUGGCAGGAGCUCCAACAGUACUCUGCCGCGUUGCGCAGUGACUCCGCCGCUGCUCGGGGCCGUGCACUGCAGGACUGCAGGACUUUGCAGCAUGAAGUCAUGAAGUAUGGCUCAGCAUGGCUCCGAGCGUUGAUGGAGGCAGAGGAGCUGCGCAGACAAGUUGAGCGGCACGUGAAGGAGCGCGGCGUGCUGGAGGCAGAGUUGGCCAGGCUCCGUGCCGAAGUCCGUGCCUUGGUCGCCGAGGUGCAGGAUCUACGGACAGCGCCUUUGGGGUCGCCCUUGGCCAUGGCAGAGAAGUGGGUCCUUUAUGCCGAAGUGCCCGAGUUGGAGACCUCUAGCAUCACAUAUAUGGGCAAGAUUGUGAUUGAUUUCGACGAGGAGCUGAAAGGACCUUUGGGUCCUCUGGCCACCGUAAACUGCAAUCGGAGUGCCUCUGCCACCUCUGCCUUCCGUCGUGGAGAUGCCUCCCGAGUCGCCCUGAACGCUUACUGCAAGGCUGACCCUGAGUCCCAAGGCUACUUGGAGCAGCAUGGAGUCCAUACAUUUCUUGAAGCGGUCUUUCAGCAACAUGGGUUGACCCCGCCGCUGAAAGCUCAUGUUGAUGCUAUGUACCAUCGCUUUGGUCCAGAGGAGGACAGGCUGGAAGCCCUCGCGUGCUUGUGCCUGGCAGAUGCCAUGCUACGAUCAGUGCUGCGCAUGCACACGGAGCCGGCAUCGGUUUCACGGACCGUGCAGAGCACGCAAGAUGCUGCCAACAGCUGUCGCAUCACAAGUGGCGGAUCGGAGCACCACGGCGGAGGAGCUGUUACCGGCGGCACAAUGCUGGACCCAUCAAGGAUCAAACGUGUGGUUGUGGGCAACUCCGUAGGAAUGUCGGCAUCCAGCGUGCCAAACGGCAGCGACGAGCUCCGGCCGCCAGAUGAGCUGCCCGAGCGCGAGGCAGCAGCAGUGCGUGCCGCGCUGGAGCGCUGGAGGGAGCUUAGGCUGCGAGUGGAGGUUCUGAGACCCAUGCUGGAGCAUGAGGACCGCCUUAUGCAGGAUAUCCUUGAUAGAGGUCUCGGGAGCGAGGACCGGAAGACACUGCGGAAGCUUGCCAGUGUUGGCGCGCAGCCCGGAAUUUGUCCAACUCGCGUGGACUUGUUUGGGAUUGUCACCCUGCAGCUACAGGUGCGCGCGAUGCAGAAGCAGAAGCUGCACAGGCUGGAUGUCAAGUCUGUUCAGAUUAGAAAGUUGCUUAUCGAAGACCACAUGGGCUGCACAAAACAGCUUGCAAUGGCAGGUUGCAGACUCUGUCGCCCGGCAGAUGUUGAAGGGAGCUACUUUUCAGGGGUGGUCACUGACUGUAAAGCACGGACGCUUAUACGAAUCCAUAUCGCCGAAAGCAGCGAAGCCAAGGUGGGGCAGGAACGGCAUCGGUUGCAAGAAAUUCUCAUGCAAAAUCAUCGAGAGCUGCUUGAGCUUUCGACGACCACCACACCAGAUGACAAGAAGGAGCUCAUCUCCGAGAUGGACAGCGUGCUGGAUGAGCUCAAGAAAGCACAGGAUGCGGUGCACGUGGAACUCUUAGCAACCAAGGACAUGUCCGCAGUUCGAGCCUACGGCCGCUCAUUGAACGACUUGAAGGCUCUUACGAGACGUUUGGACUGCGAGCGGCGAAGUUUGACAAAGAACUCGGCGUUGGCGAUGCUACUCGUUACAGUUUGCAGACGAAUACUUCCCGCUCGAAAGAUAGACCCCUCCGAGUUGAUGAACAUACCGGCCACUUGGAAUCAAAGGUAUCUACGAAUACUGGACUUUUACUUCUUCUCGGAUGCAAGCCUUUAUUGCUUCGGAGAACACUUCUCCGGCCCGAAUUGGUUCACUCGCUUGAAGCGAAACGUUGCAAUACUGUCCGUCUCGGACGGUGACGGAAAAAGUGUCUAUAAUGACUUUGCGGUGAGCGGUGAGUACAAAACUCCAGGCGCGCCGCUGGCUCCUGACAAUGGGCCUCUUCAGUCGAUUGAAGCUGCUGACGAAAAUGGUCGCGUUUUCGAUCGCCGCCAUGAUGCAGAGUUCAAGCUUCUGACUGGUCUCUGCGGAAUGGUGCCAGCGGAGAGGCGCUCGACCUGGCGUGCCCGAGCGACGCUGUGGUCGAAGACGCUUGGCAAUUGCCGAUAA